GCAUGAACUGGAUACGUGCGCGCAGCGGUAAAAAAAACUUUUCAAGGGAGGGAGAAGUUGGAAAAUGCGGACUAACCCAUCGCCGCGGGUUACUAUAACGUUUUGAAGAGGGUAAAACGACGUGGGAUGUCCAAAUAACCCGUGGAAACGGCAAAAGAAACGAUUUACUUCGAAAUAGCCCAUCGCCCGGUCAUAUUUUUCCGAAAAUUUGGACUGGAAUAUAAAAUAACGGUUCCUGCAUCCAAGCCAGAGCGCCCUUUGAAGAUAAAAGAUAUCUCCGGAGCUGGUCGCAUGGACGAGCAGGGGGCAAACAUCUGACACCACUGGAUGUUUGAGAUGAACCAGUGAAUGCACCCAGACAACGAUAGAGUUCCGUUCGGUACAGCGGAGGAGGACCGUGGCCACAAGCAAAAUGAGGGGGAAACAAUGCUUAUUUAUGGACAAAAAGAAGAAAAGGAACUGUAGGGGAUGAAUGAUAAUGUACGCAAGAAAGCAGAUUGUUUUGUAAAACUGGAUGUAGCAGUCGUACUGGCAACAUCGUUACACUAUCCUCGACGCACUGGAGUUUUCAUCAAACUAUUUAAACUUCGCAACAGCAAGAAAGGUUAAAACCUCGUGGGGGUUACAUAGGCCCUCAUCAUUAUGAUACAUUUCAUCAUUCACUGAAAAAAAGUGAUCCCUGGGUACGUAAAGAAGGGUAGUUCGAACCAAUGUCUGCCUGUAGCAGCUCCUCUCCUCAGCCUUUUCCAAGACUCUACGCAGUAACUCAACAUGUCGCUGCUCCACCGACUCCCUCGCCAUCCCCGAGUCCGCCGGCGACGCUCUACAACCGGCUGUCCAACGGGAGUGUCAGCGCCCCCAGCCCUACGAACUCCAGAGGCUCCUUUCAUGGAGUCUCUUUCCUGCUUCAGAUUGGACUCACCCGGGAAACGGUGAACCUGGAGGCCCACGACAUGUCCCUCAACGGCGUGAAAGAUCUGGUCUGCUCAAUAGUGGAUCAGAAGUUUCCAGAGUGCGGGUUCUUCGGCAUGUACGACAAGAUCCUGCUCUUCCGCCAUGACCUCAAUUCUGACAACAUCCUGCAGAGGCUCACGUCGGCAGAAGAUAUCCACGAGGGGGACCUAAUCGAAGUCGUUCUCUCCGCUCUCGCCACGGUUGAGGACUUCCAGAUCCGGCCGCACACGCUGUACGUGCACUCCUACAAGGCCCCGGCCUUCUGCGAUGACUGCGGGGAGAUGCUGUGGGGCCUGGUGCGGCAGGGACUCAAGUGUGAAGGGUGUGGGCUCAACUACCACAAGCGCUGCGCCUUCAAGAUCCCCAACAACUGCAGCGGGGUGCGCAAGCGGCGCCUGUCCAACGUGUCCCAGCCCGGCUCCUCGCUGUCUAUCCCCCGGCCGGCGCCCAUCGAGAGUGUCGUCCCACUCCCACCCCCAGAAGAGCAGCGCCCCCUGUUGGAGGCAGGCAAGCGCAUCCCGUCGUGGAGUGGCCGGCCCAUCUGGAUGGACAAGAUGGUGCUGGGCCGGGUCAAAGUGCCGCACACCUUCAACGUGCACACCUACACGCGGCCCACCAUCUGCCAGUACUGCAAGCGCCUCCUCAAGGGCCUCUUCCGCCAGGGCAUGCAGUGUAAAGAUUGUAAAUUUAACUGCCACAAGCGAUGUGCCUCCAAGGUGCCAAGAGACUGCCUUGGUGAAAAUGUCUUUAAUGGAGGAGCAGAGCCCGCCAGUCCUGGGCCAGACUCGGACUCGGUGACCAUGGAGGUGGACAGCAGUGAUGUGAACAGCGAGGGCAGCCUGAGGGGCAUGGACGACCCCGAGGAGGUCUCCACUCCGGAGGACAAGAUCUUCUUCAUGGACUCGCCCUUCAUGGACGACGGAGAGACCAACAAGACCAUCAGCCCGUCCACCAGUAGCAACAUCCCCUUGAUGCGCGUGGUCCAGUCCAUAAAGCACACCAAGAGGCGCAGCUCCACCGUGGUCCGGGAGGGCUGGAUGGUGCACUACACAAGCAGGGACAACCUUAGGAAGAGGCACUACUGGAGACUGGACAGCAAGAGUCUCUUCCUCUUCCAGAAUGAAAGUGGAGCCAAGUAUUACAAGGAGAUCCCGCUGUCGGAGAUCCUGCAGGUGGAGACGGCCCAUGACUUCCGGAGCCUGGCGCAGGGAGGCAACCCGCACUGCUUCGAGAUCAUCACCGGCACCAUGGUGUACUACGUGGGCGAGCACACGGGGGCCGGCCACUACCACAACGCGGCGCUGGCCGCCUCCGGCGUCGGGCCGGAGGUGGCCCAGAGCUGGGAGAAGGCCAUCAGACAGGCCCUCAUGCCCGUCACGCCGCAGCCCAGCAUCUGCACCGGGCCCGGCCAGGGCAAGGACCACCACAAUGAGCUUUGUGUCAGUAUAUCAGUGUCAAACUCCCAAAUUCAGGAGAAUGUGGAUAUCAGCUCAGUAUACCAGAUCUUUGCCGAUGAGGUCUUGGGUUCGGGCCAGUUCGGGAUCGUAUAUGGCGGAAAGCACAGAAAGACUGGAAGAGACGUCGCCAUCAAAAUCAUCGACAAGAUGAGAUUUCCCACCAAGCAAGAGAGUCAGCUGAGAAACGAGGUGGCCAUUUUACAGAGCUUACACCACCCUGGCAUUGUCAACCUGGCGUGCAUGUUCGAGACUCCGGAGCGGGUCUUUGUCGUCAUGGAGAAGCUCCAUGGCGACAUGCUGGAGAUGAUUCUGUCCAGUGAGAAGAGCAAACUACCUGAGCGUCUCACCAAGUUCCUCGUCACACAGAUUCUGGUGGCCCUGAGACAUCUUCACUUCAAGAACAUCGUCCACUGUGACCUGAAGCCAGAAAAUGUUCUUUUGGCAUCUGCAGAGCCCUACCCACAGGUGAAGUUGUGUGACUUUGGCUUUGCGCGGAUCAUCGGUGAGAAGUCCUUCCGCCGGUCGGUGGUGGGCACGCCUGCCUACCUGGCGCCCGAGGUGCUGCGCAGCAAGGGCUACAACCGCUCGCUGGACAUGUGGUCGGUGGGGGUCAUCAUCUACGUCAGCCUCAGCGGAACGUUCCCCUUCAACGAGGACGAGGACAUCAACGACCAGAUCCAGAACGCCGCCUUCAUGUACCCGCCCAACCCCUGGAAGGAGAUCUCCGGAGAAGCAAUCGACUUGAUCAACAACCUGCUUCAGGUGAAGAUGAGGAAGCGCUACAGUGUGGAUAAAUCUCUCAGUCAUCCAUGGCUCCAGGAUUACCAGACAUGGCUUGACCUGCGGGAGUUCGAGACGCGCCGAGGAGAGCGAUACAUCACCCACGAGAGUGACGACGCUCGCUGGGAAGAGUACGCUGACGAGAGGAGCCUACCCUACCCCAAGCACUUCAUCAUGUCACCCAACCUGGACGACAUGGAGGAAGACCCCUAGCUGCUGGGAGGAUGAACUACAGCUCAUUUCCUCAUGAAUCAGUUGUGAAGGGGGUUCAUUUUUUUCCUCAGACCACUGGCAAGAGAGGUCCAGCGGUGGGUCGGAACCCAGAAUCUUGGGGAAAACGGAUGUGAGGGGUCUUGCACUCAUGUCCAAAAAAGCAAGUCACUUGCAGGACGUUGGUGCCCUCUGAGUGUGUGGUAGUGCCCUGAGGUGAGAAGUUGACGGACACAAAGCAGUCGCUAUGUGGGAUUUUUCAGGUUGUAACUUUCUUCUCCUCAAAGACACUCCAGAGAUUGAAUAGACAAGUCUCUGUCUCUCUGUCUCCCUCUGUCUCUCUUUCUCUCUCUCUCUCUCUCUCUCUCUCUCUCUCUCUCUCUCUCUCUCUCUCUCUCUCUCUCUCUCUCUCUCUCUCUCUCUCUCUCUCUCUCUCCCCUUUUCUUUUUUCUGUCUCUGCAGCUAGCCAUAACAUAAGUCUCUUGAGCCUGAAAGAUGAACUUUUGCGUGUUUGGGAAAGCUUCCAUUAGAUGUAAUAAACAUUUGCACUGCCAUUCAAAACCAGUGAAGGGCUCACAGUCUGGACCAAAUCCAAUAGAAGAUGGAUCCUUGAGAUGUUUAGCUUCUAUCCAGCGUAUUUUUCUAAACUCCUCAUAUUUGUGUUUUUAAGAUGUUCACCAAAUCUACAAGUGAUUUUAGCUUUUUGCUUCAAAGUAUUUUGGAAAGAAACAUUUAUAUGCAAUGUUUUUUAUGUGAGGCUUUUAAACUGGAACACAUAAACGUAUACUGUGCAAAGUCUUAGAUAUUUUACAUCCUGUAUGGAAAGCAUUGUGGUCCUAAAUCCUUUUGUGUUGUAAAUGAACCAUUUGACCCAGUUGCCUUUAAAAUGUAAUUUCUUUCAGAUUUCUGCUGGGUAAAUCCAAGUCUCGCUGAGACUUUCGUGUUUUGCUUUUCAAACGCUGAGUGAUUUGCAUUUUAUACGAACAACCAAUAUGUCUGUGUACUGGUGGAACUAGUUAUCAUGAUGAAGAAAUGUUAAAAUAGUGCCACAAGCCCAUCAGCCUGUUUUUGUGUACCCAGGCUAAGCUAUAUGAUGCAGUUUUAGUAGUUGUAAAGACACACACACACGCACACGCACACACACACACACACACACACACACACACACACACACACACACACACACACACACACACACACACACACACACACACACACACACACACACACACACACAAAACCCAGCUACCGGUCCUAAAAUGCAUUAGUGGCUAGCCCCAAUCUGUGCGGUGUUACAUCUAUGACUACCAGCAAGCUCCUGAGAAAACAAAUGUGCACGAUUCUGAAGAGCAGCUGUUGUAAUGUAGACAACCAGCCUGCAGUUAGGUCACAGCUCCUGAAGCACAGAGGGACAUCACAUUAGUUCCCUGGAGGUGAAGGCUGGAUACAAGCAUUUUCCGAAGUGUUGCGUGUGUAAUAGGGGUUGAAAGGCGUAUGAAGUAGACUUGAUCGCUUUUGGUACAGGUCUAAGAUGCUUUUAGCGUGUCAGUUGACAAUCACUUGUGUUUAAGUUUCAUUCCACGUGAAAAAGGCCGAAGUAGACACUCAAGUGGAUGUUUGGAUAAAUCUCUGACUGGUAGGCCGACAUCAUACAGUUUUAUUCAUUUAGACCCCCCCCUCCAUUAAGACCAAAUGUUUUUUUAUUAUUAUUUUAAUUAUUUUUUCUAAAUCUGAUUGGUUGAUGAGUUAUGUGGACAUGGUUGUGUGUUAGGUUUUUUUUUUUUUUCCAUUGAACGUGCAAUGUCCAGGUCAUGCUCAUUGUGUAAGCCCUGACUGAAGGUCACCAGGUUUUUGUACACUAGGAGCCCACGAAGAACCCAUCCAAGGCUAUAUCCCUCAAUGUGUUCCCAGUAGGCUUUUCUUUACGCAGAGGUCAGAGCACACAGACAUGAAGGAACUGUCAAUGCUGAGAUGCUACUGCCAAGACAGUGUGUUCUUAUUCCUGUGCUGGUUAGAUAACAAAGACUACGAGACGUCCUCAAUAAAAGUGCACUCUUAUUUUAAUUUCAUUUCCCUGUCGUGCACCCACGUCUCAAUUCUCUACCAGCUUACAUUGGUCGCUAGGCAGUCCGCUGGAUUGGGGAGCUUGCAGGAACUCAGUAUGCCUUAAGUAGCACGUAUGGGUGUGAUUGCACACUCGGUCAGGUCCACGUUGAGCUGGUAUGAAGCAUUGUUGUGUUCACACACCUUUUUUUUCUUUUGACAGUGUAGCAUAUAUGUGAAGAUACGUAUGUAUGUUUGUUGUUAUAUUUUUGUGUGUGUGUGCAUUUCUGGGCUACCCUCAUUGAUGCAUUUGAAACAGAUCCAUCUACCCCUAGACUUGUUCGCAUCCUUCAAAAUAAGCUCCAAAUUGAACUAUGACUAUAACUAAUUAGUUACUUUAACUGUGGUUUUGGUAUAAUACUACAGAUGUUAUGUCUUACCAUCUGCAAGACCCUGUUUGUCCACUUAGUUACAGUAGAGCCAUAACCAUGCAUUCAGUAAAUACUGUGUAACAUCAGUUCUUUGACAUUUUCCAGAUCAUAUUUACUAAUGAAGGACUCUCCAGUUAACACCCACACACCCCUGAAAAUGCCUCCAUCUUGAAUUUGGGAGAGGGCCGUACAACUCAUUUUCCAUUUGGGAUGGUGAUAAUGACCAUGCUAUGACAUUUUUUUCUCCUUUGUAUCUUGAACUGUGAUUUUUAUAACUUGGGUGGAUUCUGUCAGUGCGACUGGCAACAGCUACCUUGUGAAGGAUGCCAUAUUUAUAUAUACAGUAUAUGUCUAAAGCACACACAUCUAUGGGUGAGAAAACUUCCUGAGAAUCAUAUGAAGCUCGUUUCUGCCACUGGAUUGGCCGACGUCAAUGUUUUAUAUGUUUUACUACUCACAUAUCUUAAAUAAAAACUGCCUCUAAAUAUC